AUGAUUCAAUGGAAAAAUGGAAUCUUGAGUGAAUUUUUUUCAGUUCUAACCCCUCAAGAUUGUGUUGCUAGACUUUCAGUAAAAAAACAAAUGAGCAAAGAUUGUAUGAUUUCGUCAAUUUGGAAAUGGAAAAAUGAUUCUUAUAGAAAUUUAGCCAUAUGCACGAAAUUAUUUCAGCAGGAAGCCGAACAGAAUGGGAACAUAUUGGAGAUGCAGCUAUUACAACAACAGAUCGAUGCAUUGGACGGUAGGGCCGCUGAAUUGGAACGUCGUCGAACACAGUCGACACGGGGUAUAAGUUGGAUAAACCAGCGCAACAGGCAAGCUAUGAAGGAUGCAGUAUUCAGUGGUCAGCUGCACAUCGAAGCUUCUUCAGAAUAUGAUCCAUUUACGAGGAAAAAUGCACGAACGAAGCCCGUGUUUGGAAAGGAUAAACGAUCGGAUGACACGGCAUCGGGGGGAGUUAUUGAAGUAAAUACUAAUUACAAAAAUGCAUCUUUUUUCUCCAAAACAAUUGAAAAAACGGGCAACAUUGGGUCGAAGCGAACUGUUGACGAUUUAUUUUCGGCACAUGAUUUUGAAGUUGACGUUGAUAUUGUUCUUCCUCCGACAGUGGCAUCGCUGGGAACACAUUCGUUAAAUUCCGUGGAUACGUUAUCUCACAAAUCACCUGCAUCAUCGACAGAUUCAGUCAAUCGACCACGGCCAUUAACCUUAGAAGAAUAUAGGCUACGAAAAGCUCAAAUGUUGGCAUUUGGAACUUAUAUCAAUACAGUCUUGCAGUCGUGGCUGGACUCAAGCGUUUUAAAAAGCUAUGUUAUGAGACCAUUUCCUAUAUAUUCACGGAACGGAUUAAAAGAUUAUACAAUCUUGUGCAAAAUUCAUCGUUGGAUAGUUCAACCUCACAGAUGGAUAAGGGCAGUCACCCAUCCUUCUUGGGCGGUAGCCUCAUUACAUGAACAAUAA